CUUCCUCACAGCCGGGCAUCUCUCUGUCUUAAACUGUCUCUUUCCCACCAAGAUAGCCCCAAGUGAUUUUUUUCUGCGUAGGGAUCUAACUGGGCAUGAGUUAUCGCACCCUAAAUAUAACCAGCUGAAAAAGGCCGCCUAUUAGAAAACAAAAUGUAAAUAAGCAUCGGUCCUCUUCUGCAAGCACUGGAGUUUUCCUUCCGAUGGGGACUGAGGUGGGCUCCCAGCUCAAUUCGUUUAGGACUCCUUUCUCCCCUCUCUUAAAUAAUCGAUCUUGGUUCCAUUUGUGUUUUCCGUUCAUCACGCCCAUUUCCCCAGAGGGUGCUGGGUUUGUUUAUAUCUUUACUUAUCCCCCCGGGGCCCAGGCGUCUUGGACUUGUGUCUUACAGCAGACCCUAGACCAACAGAGGAAGAUGGAGAGACGUUAACCUCCCGCCGCUGCCCCCAAGUCAAGCAUGACUAGGCGCAGGCUGGUUGCGUGACUUGUGACGUCUCCAGGUCCUAUAGAAGCCGCACUGCAGCCUGGGCAAGCGGUCCUCAGCAUAGACUCCGGAGUCACCAUGCCUGCACCCCCACCUGGUCACCGACUUCCCUGCUAAGAGGAAGAGGGGUGGUGGCGAAUGCGCCCGCUGCACCGAGCGAGAAGCGGCUUGCGGAGAUUUUACCCAGCUGGGAAGUUCCACCCGGAGGCUGCUGAGGCUCGGGGAGCAGCACCGAGACUUGCAGGCACACAGCCGGCCUGGUUCUGUCAAACCACAUCUUGUUCCUCUCCUCCAGCCCCCGAGCUUCCCGGGACCCUGGCAAGGGCUAGGAAUAGAACCUCGCACCGGCACAGGACCGCGGGCACCAUGGCGGACGCAGAUGAAGGCUUUGGCCUGGCGCACACGCCUCUGGAACCUGACUCCAAAGACAGGUCCUGCGAUUCCAAACCCGAGAGCGCCCUGGGAGCCCCCAGCAAGUCCCCAUCUUCCCCUCAGGCGGCCUUCACCCAGCAGGGCAUGGAAGGAAUCAAGGUGUUCCUCCACGAAAGAGAACUGUGGCUGAAAUUCCACGAAGUGGGCACAGAAAUGAUCAUCACCAAGGCAGGGAGGCGGAUGUUUCCCAGUUAUAAAGUGAAGGUGACAGGCCUUAAUCCCAAAACGAAGUACAUUUUGCUCAUGGACAUCGUUCCUGCCGACGACCACAGAUAUAAGUUCGCAGAUAAUAAAUGGUCUGUGACUGGCAAAGCGGAGCCAGCCAUGCCGGGCCGCCUUUAUGUUCACCCAGACUCUCCAGCCACCGGGGCACACUGGAUGCGACAACUUGUCUCUUUCCAGAAACUCAAGCUCACCAACAACCACCUGGACCCAUUUGGGCAUAUUAUCCUGAACUCCAUGCACAAAUACCAACCCAGAUUACACAUCGUGAAAGCAGACGAAAAUAAUGGAUUUGGUUCAAAAAAUACUGCAUUCUGUACCCAUGUCUUUCCGGAGACCGCGUUUAUCGCAGUGACUUCCUACCAGAACCACAAGAUCACGCAACUGAAGAUCGAGAACAAUCCCUUUGCCAAAGGCUUCCGGGGCAGUGAUGACAUGGAACUGCACAGGAUGUCACGGAUGCAAAGUAAAGAAUACCCCGUGGUUCCCAGGAGCACAGUGAGGCAAAAAGUGGCCUCCAACCACAGUCCCUUCAGCAGCGAGCCUCGAGCUCUCUCCACCUCAUCCAAUUUAGGGUCCCAGUACCAGUGCGAGAAUGGUGUCUCUGGCCCCUCCCAGGACCUUCUGCCCCCGCCCAACCCAUACCCACUGCCCCAGGAGCACAGCCAAAUUUACCACUGCACCAAGAGGAAAGAUGAGGAAUGCGCCAGCACUGAGCACGCCUAUAAGAAGCCGUACAUGGAGACGUCCCCCAGUGAAGAGGACCCCUUCUACCGCUCGGGCUACCCCCAGCAGCAGAGCCUGAGUGCCUCCUACAGGACAGAGUCGGCCCAGCGGCAGGCAUGCAUGUAUGCCAGCUCUGCACCGCCCAAUGAGCCCGUGCCCAGUCUGGAAGACAUCAGCUGUAACACGUGGCCCAGCAUGCCCUCCUAUAGCAGCUGUACCGUCACCACAGUGCAGCCCAUGGACCGCCUACCCUACCAGCAUUUCUCCGCCCAUUUCACCUCUGGGCCUCUGGUCCCUCGGCUGGCUGGCAUGGCCAACCAUGGUUCCCCUCAGCUCGGAGAGGGAAUGUUCCAACACCAGACCUCGGUGGCCCACCAGCCUGUGGUGAGGCAGUGUGGGCCUCAGACUGGCCUCCAGUCCCCAGGUGGUCUCCAGCCCCCUGAGUUCCUCUAUUCUCACGGCGUGCCCAGGACCCUGUCCCCACACCAGUAUCACUCGGUACAUGGCGUUGGCAUGGUGCCAGAGUGGAGCGAGAAUAGCUAAAGGCAGACAUUUGCCAGAGAGAGAGAGGAGACGGGGACAGUAGUGAGGAGAACCCCACGGCUGAGAUAGCACAGAUCACCUGUAGUCAUGUCUGCACCCAAGGACCUGCAGCCCCUGAUCUAAUCGGUGGCCUGCAGUCACCAUUCCAGAAUUGUGACUCUGUUGUUUGUUCUCAAAACUUAAAGAGCAGUUAAACGAGAGAGAGAGAGAGAGAGAGAGAGAGAGAGAGAGAGAGGGGAGUCCCACCCUGCACGAGCUCCACUCUCAUCAACCAGCCACGUUCACAUCCCAGACAUCUUUCCCAAUUGUUUCUUUUGGGUUCUAGAACAUUCUGCCUCGUUGAGUGUUUGAUCCCGGUGCACGGUGAGAGUCUUUCUCUGUCUUGGUAUUAAUGCUGACUUUGUUAUAUAAUAAAUAAUAAUAUAUUUUUUUCUUCGAAUUUCUUAAUGGGACCCAGUCCCUUAUUGGAGGGAGAUCGGAGGCAAGUAUGUUUCAAAAUGCAUGCUUGUGGGGCUCCCUCUUAUAAACCAGCUAAAAUGUACAUCCGCCACCCUCCUCUAACAAAAAUACCUACCUCCAUCAUGUGAAAUUUCUAUGAAGGUCCCCGAGGUCCAAGCUGUUUUGUUUUUGUUUUUGUUUUUUGUCUCGUGUUCUUAUUCUGCCUUUCCUAGCAUCAUGGCGUUCAGAGCUGCCUUCUACUUAUGGAUGGAUGGAGUUAGGAUAUCACUGGGCUCCAUCUGACAUCCUGUCUUCCUCAGCACCACCACCUCCCCAGCUCCAGGUCUCUGCAGUCAUCUGUCGCUGGAACGUGGCCUAUAGCGUCCCAUUUGGAAAUUUUGCUUUGAAAAACUGAAUGAACCCAGGUUAGCCUGGGUGGGGAGCAGAACUGUGAUCAGCAGCAGGGGACAGGCCCUGAGCUCAGAAGUGCUGGGGGAGGAAAAAAAGCCAAAAUAAAUAUGCUUUGUGAUGAAAGAAACCAAAGUCAG